AAGGUUAGAAAUUGGAUAAAUUUACGUUAAAAAUUGUAUCUGGUGUAGUUUUCCCCCUCCUUGCUUCCUAUAAAAACUCUGUACCUGUUCAGAUAGUGACCUCAGAAAUCAAAAUAGCUUAUUUUCCAGGAAGUCUCAAAUCAGGAAAAAGGAUAUGGGAAAUGCAGUGUUGAGUUUGAUUAUUGGAGUUUUGGGUGUUUCCCUGGUGAAUGCUGAAGACCCCUACCUUUAUUAUACUUGGACCGUCACUUAUGGAACUCGUUCAAUUUUUGGAGUUCCCCAGCAGGUUAUCCUUAUCAAUAAUCAAUUUCCUGGUCCAAAACUUGAAGUGGUGACUAAUAACAACAUUAUAUUGAAUCUCAUUAACAAGCUUGAUCAGCCUUUCUUGCUCGCAUGGAGUGGGGUAAAGCAAAGGAAGAACUCAUGGCAGGAUGGAGUUUUAGGAACCAAUUGCCCCGUCCCUCCCAAUUCGAACUAUACCUACAAGUUCCAGGCCAAGGAUCAGAUUGGGACAUUCACAUAUUUCCCAUCCACUCUAAUGCAUAGAGCUGCUGGUGGAUUUGGAGCGCUCAAUAUAUACCAUAGAAGUGUGAUCCCAAUUCCUUAUAAAAACCCUGAUGGAGAUUUCACUUUACUUAUUGGUGACUGGUACAAGGCCAGCCAUAAGACAUUGCAGAAUUCUUUGGACUCUGGAAAAUCUCUUCCCUUUCCAGAUGGAGUCCUUGUUAACGGACAGACAAAGAAUACUUUUAGUGGAGUACAAGGCAAAACUUACAUGUUCAGGAUCUCAAAUAUUGGAUUAUCCACCUCACUUAACUUAAGGAUUCAGGGUCAUUCAAUGAAGUUGAUUGAGGUUGAAGGGUCUCACGUAAUUCAGAACAUUUAUGACUCUCUUGAUGUACAUGUCGGCCAAUCCGUAACAGUCUUAGUAACCUUGAAUCAGCCACCAAAAGACUACUACAUUGUUGCAUCCACAAGAUUUACUAGGACAGUUCUCACUGCAACUGCAGUCUUGCACUACGCAAACUCGAAAACCCCAGUUUCGGGACCGUUGCCAGCCGCUCCGGUGUACCAAUUUCAUUGGUCAAUGCAACAGGCAAGAACAUACAGGUGGAAUCUGACAUCUAAUGCAGCCAGGCCUAACCCUCAGGGUUCAUUUCAUUAUGGGAAGAUAACACCAACGAAGACAAUUGUGUUGGCCAACUCAGCAUCUUUGAUCAAUGGAAAGCUGCGUUAUUCAGUGAAUGGUGUCUCCUAUAUCAAUGCUGAUACCCCUCUGAAGCUUGCUGAUCAUUUUAACAUUCCAGGAGUUUUUAGCAUGAAUGCCAUCCAAGACGUUCCUUCAGGUGGUGCCGCCUCCUUUGCGACUUCAGCUAUGCCGUCAUCUCUCCAUGAUUUUAUUGAAGUUGUCUUUCAGAACAAUGAAAACACCAUGCAAUUUUGGCAUCUUGAUGGUUAUGAUUUUUGGGUCGUCGGUUUCGGCUCUGGACAGUGGACACCAAAGAAAAGAAGAACCUACAAUCUAGUUGAUGCUCUUACAAGACACACGACUCAGGUGUAUCCAAAUUCAUGGACAACCAUAUUGGUGUCCCUGGACAACCAAGGUAUGUGGAACAUGAGGUCUGCAGCAUGGGAAAGGCAAUAUCUAGGGCAACAGUUUUAUCUGAGGGUCUGGAAUUCUGUCCGAAGUCUUUCAAACGAAUAUGACAUUCCUUCUAAUGUCUUACUUUGCGGCAAAGCUGCUGGGCGCCACCCUUAGCCGGCUAAUCUGUUACCUGUCAUCAAGGUUUGACCGCGGACAAAAUAGAUUGAGGAUUAAAAAGAGAGUGGAUUCAAAUGCUUGGCUUUCCUAUUCAUUUGUAAACCUAGAAAAGCAUUAGUCAAAUUAUCUAAUCACAUAGUUAUCUCUGUAUUAGUUCCUUGUGCUUCAGUUUAUAUUUAGCAUACAUAAUUAAGUUAUGAGCUUUUAUAAAUUUAAUCAUUUUUUAACAAUUUUGUUUUA